AUGUCUGGUCCUGAAGUGGGAGGACCAGUUGCUUGUGCAGAAAGAACAAAAUCUGUUGAUGCACUUACUAAGAAAGAGAUCUUAUCGGUGUUAAACAAUGGAGAGAUUUCCGAAACUUCUGAGGAUGCUAGGUUCAGAGUUAGAAAGCUGUUUCUCCCCAAUGGCGAAUCCUAUGAUGGUUCUUUGCUUGGAAAUGUUCCCGAGGGAUCAGGGAUGUACGUGUGGUCAGAUGGGUGUGUUUACGAUGGAGAAUGGAGGCGUGGGAUGAGACAUGGAACUGGAAAGAUGAGGUGGGCUUCUGGGGCAUGGUAUCAUGGUGAAUUCUCAGGCGGUUAUAUGCACGGUACAGGGACUUAUACGGAUGCUAACAACUUAACGUACAAAGGAAGAUGGCGGCUUAAUCUCAAGCACGGGCUCGGAUAUCAGGUUUACCCAAAUAGAGAUGUUUUUGAAGGUUCUUGGAUUCAGGGGAUGGGAGAAGGGCCAGGGAAGUAUACUUGGGCUAAUGGAAAUGUCUAUCUCGGGGAUAUGAAAGGCGGGAAAAUGUCGGGAAAGGGUACGCUGACUUGGAUUACCGGGGACUCCUAUGAAGGAAGUUGGUUAAAUGGAAUGAUGCAUGGUCUUGGUGUAUAUACGUGGAGCGAUGGCGGUUGCUAUGUUGGGACAUGGACACGGGGUUUGAAAGAUGGGAAAGGCUCAUUUUAUUCAGCGGGAACUAGAGUUCCCGCUGUGCAAGAGUAUUAUUUAAACGCUCUAAGAAAAAGAGGUGUUUUACCGGAUUUUAAAAGACAGAACCAAGUUGCUUCUUCGGUUAAUAUGGAAAAUCUUAGAGUUGGUGUGAACCGUAAUAAGCUCUCGAAAGGGAGCUUAAUAAACUUGGAACAGUCCCGGAAUGGAAGGGUUUCUUUAGAAAGGCGUUGGAGUCUUGAAGUGUCUAUCGAGAAAGUGAUCGGACAUGGUUACUCGGAUUUAUCCGAAGCAGUUUUAGAUAGCGGAAGCAGCGUGCAGUAUAAAGCAAACAUACCGAUCUUGGAGCGGGAAUAUAUGCAAGGUGUUCUGAUUAGUGAGAUGGUGGUAAACAAUGGGUUUUCACGCACAUCCAGAAGAGCAAAAAGGAAACAGAAAAGACUUGUUAAAGAAGCUAAGAAGCCCGGGGAAGUUGUUAUUAAAGGUCACCGAAGUUAUGAUUUGAUGCUCAAUUUGCAGCUUGGAAUCAGAUACACAGUGGGGAAAAUUACGCCCAUACAAAGGCGAGAAGUACGGACAGCAGACUUUGGACCUCGGGCUAGUUUUUGGAUGAAUUUUCCUCGAGCUGGUUCCACGAUGACUCCUCCUCACCGCUCGGAAGAUUUUAAAUGGAAGGACUAUUGUCCAAUGGUAUUCAGGAACCUGAGGGAGAUGUUCAAGAUCGAUGCAGCAGAUUACAUGAUGUCCAUUUGUGGAAAUGAUACCUUAAGAGAGCUUUCUUCUCCAGGGAAGAGCGGCAGCGUCUUCUUCCUAUCUCAGGAUGAUCGGUUCAUGAUUAAAACACUCAGGAAAUCUGAAGUCAAGGUUCUCUUGAGGAUGCUUCCAGAUUACCAUCAUCAUGUGAAAACCUAUGAGAACACACUCAUUACUAAAUUCUUUGGCCUUCACAGAAUCAAACCAUCAAGUGGUCAAAAGUUCCGCUUUGUGGUGAUGGGUAACAUGUUCUUUACAGAUCUGAGAAUUCAUCGGAGAUUUGACCUUAAAGGUUCGUCAUUGGGACGAUCUGCAAACAAAGUCGAGAUAGACGAGAACACGAUACUUAAAGAUUUGGAUCUGAACUACUACUUCUACUUGGAACCUUCUUGGCGGGAAGGUUUACUAAGGCAACUAGAGAUCGAUAGCAAGUUCUUAGAAGACCAGAACAUAAUGGAUUACAGCCUUUUGCUCGGUGUUCAUCAUCGAGCUCCAGAGCACUUAAGGUCCCAAUUGAUCCGUUCUCGAAGUACAACAGCUGAAGCGUUAGAAAGUGUAGCCGAAGAUGAUACAAUUGAGGACGACGUGUUGGCUUACCACCAAGGAUUGGUUCUUGUUCCUGGCGGAAGUGACAGUAUUGUAACUGGCCCUCACAUCAGAGGCAGUAGAUUACGGGCAUCCGCUGCUGGCGAUGAAGAAGUCGAUCUCCUUCUUCCUGGAACAGCCAGGUUGCAGAUACAGCAAGGAGUGAACAUGCCGGCAAGAGCAGAGCUAAUACCGGGAAGAGAAGAGAAAGAUAAGCAGAUUUUACAUGAAUGCUGCGACGUCGUGCUUUACCUCGGCAUUAUAGACAUAUUACAAGAGUACAACAUGACCAAGAAGAUCGAGCACGCUUACAAAUCUCUUCAUUUCGAUUCUAUUUCGAUCUCAGCCGUUGAUCCAACGUUCUACUCUCAACGUUUUCUUGAAUUCAUCAAGAAAGCGUUUCCACAGAACAACAACUCAUAG